AUGAAACAGGUGUUCACAGCAGCAAACGAAAACGAAGACUUCCGCAGCUUUCUCAUGGAUCCCGUCACAUCGCGGAAGAACAAAAUGCAGGGCAUGGAGGCCAUGCUCACUGAUAUGGGAAUGAGCGAAGUGACUAAGAGAUUCUUCAUGGUCCUUGCCGAGAAUGGGCGCAUGCGUGAUGCUCAAAAAGUCUGGGAAACCUUUGGGACACUGAUGCAAGCACAUGGCAAGCAAGUGAAAGGAAUGGUGACUUCAGCCGAGCCUCUGCCACCUGGGGAGCUGAGUGAAGUGCGUGAAUCGCUGCAGAAACUCCUUGGUGAAGGGGAAACGCUGCUGCUCGAUCAAAAGGUUGAUCCUGAUAUCAUCGGAGGCCUUGUGGUGGAGUUAGGCGACAAGUACAUCGACCUUUCCGUUGAGAAGCGCAUCCGGGACAUGGAGAGGCUGCUGAUGGAAGCCAUAUAG